CUCGAGAGUACGUACGUAGUCAAAAGUUUGUAACACUAUUGGAGCGACUGAUGUCAUCUGGACGUUAUAUAUAUAAUCAAAGGUCCCUUUACAACAUAUCCCUCUCUAAAGAUAUUUAUCGCACCAGAAACCACAUCGCCAACACCAUGUCCAAGACCGGAGCCAUUCUCUUCGUGUUCACUUCCGCCGACAAGCUUCUGAACGGAGCCGCCACUGGAUGGUAUCUCCCCGAAGCCGCUCAUCCUUACUACGCUCUCGCCCCUCACUUCCGCAUCGACUCUGUGUCUCCGAACGGCGGCGAAGCGCCCAUCGACGAUAAUUCUGUCAAGAUGUUCACGGACGAGGAGUCUCAGAGAUUCUUGAACGACACCAAGGCGCAAGAGCUGUACAAGAAGACUCAAAAGGUGGCGGACGUCAAUGCGGCUGACUAUGAUGCUAUAUUCGUUAUCGGAGGCCAUGGACCUCUGAUUGACCUUGCUAAAUCAACUGAAUUCGCAAAGCUCGUUGAAGACUUCUACACUUCCAAGAAGCCUGUGGCUGCUGUCUGCCACGGUCCCGGUGCUCUUGUCCUUGCUAAGAACCCCGCUACCUCAAAGUCAAUCAUCUCUGGGGUCAAUGUCACCGGCUUCUCCAACGCCGAGGAGGCUCAGACUCCUUACAACGAUUUUGUCAACAUCCUCCCCUUUAGCUUGGAAGACAAGCUCCAGGAGCUGGGUGGCAAGUAUUCCAAAGCAGAGCAGGACUGGGGAGUAAAGGUCAUUUGGGACCAGGGUGUUUUGACUGGUCAAAACCCUGCCUCCGCCGGUCCCCUUGGUGAGAAGCUUCGAGAAAUUCUUUUGGCCUGAGUAUAGUUUGUAGAAACAGCUCUGAUGCAAAAGAAGCAGUACAAAUUGAUUACGCGGGUUGUUGUCGUACAUACCAUCCGGUGGCCACAACAGAAUACAUACAUACCUUGCGGCAGACCACCGUGGCAUGGCAGAAAUUGGGUAUUAUACUCGCCCACAGGUGGUCCACAAGAAGGGCGCUCCAACCGUAGUCGACCUCUGUCCGG